AUGUGCUCAGAGACCAUGCAGCUGGGCAGUGCCUUCCUCCUCCUCUGCCUCCCAGGCUGUCUCACCCUGGGCACCCCCAAGGUUUUAGAGGGCACGGUGGGGAGCACGCUGAUGAUAACAUGCAGGUACAAGGUAGGAGAGGAAGGCCCCAGGAAGUUCUGGUGCCGAGGGGCCAACUGGAUGGACUGUGUCCGGGUCAUUGAGACAGCGCAGCCAGCGAAGGAGGAGGCGAGGCGUGGCCGAGUGACCCUCCAGGACAGGCCGUGGGGGCACCAUUUCAUCGUCAGCAUGACGAGCCUGGAGACGGGAGACGCGGACACUUACUGGUGUGGAGUGGACUUGCCCAAGCAUAUCCCCCAGGCCCCAGUGAUGGUGGCUGUUCUCCCAGGGAGUUGA